AUGAUAGGCGAGUCUUACUCCAAUGCCAAGGCCCGUCUCAUCAGCUUGGAAAGAAAAUUGGACAAAAAUCCCAUCCUUAAAGAAAGGUAUCAUACCUUUAUGGCCGAAUUCAUCCAACUGGGACACAUGCGAGAGGUACCUGUAGACGACCCAGAACCCACUGUCGUAUGCUAUCUUCCUCACCAUGCCGUGUUGAAAGAAUCCAGCACCACUACGAAGGUACGCAGUGUUUACAACGCUUCGGCAAAAACAAGCACUGGAUUCUCUCUCAACGAUUCGCUCCGAGUAGGCCCUGUCAUCCAAGAUGAGCUAUUUGACAUCUUACUCCGCUUUCGCAAAAAUUUGGUGGUAUUGUUGGCUGACAUAGAGAAGAUGUAUAGGCAAAUCGUUCUUCACCCCGAUGACCGACCCCUUCUGCGUUUGUUGUGGAGGUUCAACCCGAACGACCCGAUUACGAAAUAUGAGAUGACAACAGUAACAUACGGUUUGGGCCCAUCCUCGUUCUUGGCUACCCGCACACUUCAUCAACUUGCGGAUGAUGAAGGUGCUUCUUUUCCUCUUGCCGCAGCCUCUGUGAAGCAAGAUUUUUACAUGGAUGAUUUUGUACGGAGUGAAGAAACCAUAUCUACAGCAAUCCAACUGCGUAAGGAGAUGGACGAACUGAUGAGCCGUGGAGGAUUUUCCUUGAGGAAAUGGUGCUCUAAUUUUCCUGAAGUUUUGGAAGGAGUGCCACCAGAAAACCUAGCCCAUCCUAGCACUGAAAACCCCGAACCUGGAGAGGUGGUAAAAGUCUUGGGAAUUCCCUGGGAGCCCGAGCAUGGUUUAUUUUGUUUCAAAUUUGCCCCAUUUUCAACCGACGGAAAGAUUACCAAGAAUCGAAUUCUUUCCGUUAUUGCCCAACUUUAUGACCCCUUGGGAUUAAUUGCUCCCGUCGUUGUACGUGCGAAAAUAUUUAUCCAACAACUUUGGUUGAUGUCCAUCGAAUGGAAUGAGGAAGUCCCAAAUCAAAUCCGAACUAAGUGGGAAGAUUUUGUAAAGGACUUGUCAUCACUAGCUGAGUUUCGGAUCUCACGGUUUGCCUUUGACAGAGGGGAGGUGCAGCUACAUUGUUUCACGGACGCCUCCGAAUCAGCCUAUGGAGCCUGCAUCUACGCUCGGACGGAGAAGGCCAACGGGGAGGUGAAGGUGGUACUACUAGCGGCGAAAUCCCGAGUAGCACCGCUUCAGAGACGCAGCAUCCCGAGACUAGAAUUAUGCGCUGCUCAGCUAGGCGCUCGCUUAGCGACGAGAGUUGUUGACACACUGGACCUGAAAUCUACACCCAUCUACUACUGGACCGAUUCGAUGGUGGUUAUUUAUUGGCUACGAGCACCAUCACAAACCUGGAAAACCUUUGUGGCUAACCGAGUGGCAGACAUUCACAUCCUAACGAAGAACGCAUCAUAG